UUUCCCUUUAUUCUCCAGGAGUUGCAUAAGAGCUUGGAAGACGCGCUUAGAGGUCAGCUCCAUGGAAAUGUGUGAGCGGAAUCCUUUAAAUCCCGGAUAUGUCGGAUCUCUGUUGAAUUUCGCUCCCCCGGAGUCGCUGUACUUGUCCAACUUGCGCGGCAAUGGAGCCCACCUACCGGGGCUGCAUCAGCUGCCGUACAGCCGGAGAGAGGUGUGCGCGCAACCGUGGACUCCCUCAAGUUCGUGUGGACCYGCGGCACCUCCGGCUCAGAGUCGCGCCUUCGGAGGCUUCUGUCCUCCGUUCGUGCCCGGCGGCCACGUCAAGGCGCAKCUGGAGGCGCAGCAGGACGAGGCUCGGUGCUUCCAGGAGACAAGCAGGAAGACGGAAGAAUCAGAUGCUUACGCUUCGGAGCACGGGCUCCGUGGUUACUCRGGACUGGACGGCUCUGUGACACAGCUCGGCCCAGAGUCAGCAGCUCCUCUAAGCCGCAGCAAACUGGAGCAGGAUCCCUCUGAGGCGUCUUCAAACGAGGCGUGCUGCAGGACGACUUUUGGCCAAGGUGUCCCGUGGUGCUCCUCGCAUGUGAAAUCCAGAAAAAAGAGGAAGCCUUAUUCCAAGCCUCAGCUAGCUGAACUUGAGAAUGAAUUUCUGGUGAACGAGUUCAUCACGCGGCAGAAACGCAAAGAGCUGUCGGACAGACUCAGUCUGAGCGAUCAGCAGGUGAAGAUCUGGUUUCAGAACCGCAGGAUGAAGAAAAAGCGCCUCGUGAUGCGGGAGCAGGCUUUCUCCGCAUACUGAUGACCUUUGGACUUGAUCCUGACCAGCAUUAGAGCACCAGGAUGGGUCCACCCUGUCUCCAAAUGUCUUCACACGUCAGUAAACUGCUACAUUGACAAAAAAUAACAAUAUAAUAUAUAUCCCCUUCUGGAUUAAUCAGAGAGGCUCUUCAGCAUCUGAGAAUUUCCACAGUAUGAUGGACCGGGGGUUUUCUUUGCGCUCCUGUUCCAAACACCCUUUGGUUCAGUUUUACGCAGAAACUGGGAAAAUGUGUUUUGAGUUAAAAAAAACGAUCUAAAACACAGAUUUUGCUUCUGUAAACACAUCAUAUGUAAACAGUAUUUGUGAAGAAAACAAAACACAGUUACAAAGCUGA